UCUUUUGGAUGGGAGUGAAGCAGCUUCCGGCCUUAUGGAGGUCUCCACAGUCUCCUUCCGGGUUAUGGAGGCGAGUGCCCCGGAUGUAAUACUGGCGAAAGCAUCUUUCCUUUCUUUCCCCGCCUGACCCCGGGCUCCUCGGUGAGCGCCAGCCGCUGGAGGAAGUGUUCUGCCAGUCAUGCCAAAGAGGAAAGUGACUUUUCAAGGUGUGGGAGAUGAGGAUGAUGAAGAUGAAAUCAGUGUCCCCAAAAAGAAGCUGGUGGACCCUGUGGCUGGAGCAGGGGGUCCUGGGAGCCGCUUCAAAGGCAAACACUCUUUAGACAGUGAUGAGGAGGAUGAUGAUGAUGAGGGGUCCAGCAAGUAUGAUAUCCUGGCCUCAGAGGAUGUAGAAGGUCAGGAAGCAGCUACUCUCCCUAGUGAGGGGGGUGUGAGGAUCACACCCUUCAACCUGCAGGAAGAGAUGGAGGAAGGCCACUUUGAUGCUGAUGGCAACUACUUCCUGAACCAGGAUGCACAGAUCCGAGACAGCUGGCUGGACAACAUUGACUGGGUGAAGAUCAAGGAGCGGCCACCUGAUAAGCACCAGGUUUCAGACUCAGAGGAGGAAGACAGCCUGGGUCAGACUCCGAUGAGUGCCCAAGCCCUCCUGGAGGGACUUUUGGAGCUGCUGUUGCCAAGAGAGACAGUGGCUGGGGCACUUAGGCGUUUGGGGGCCCGAGGAGGAGGCAAAGGGGACAGCAAGGGGACUGGACGGCCCAAUUCCCCACAGCGCCUAGACCGGCUCUCUGGGUUGGCUGAUCAAAUGGUGGCUCGAGGCAACCUUGGUGUAUACCAGGAAACAAGGGAACGAUUGGCUAUGCGUCUGAAGGGUUUGGGGUGUCGGACUCAGGGAUCCCAUGACCCCACACCUCCACCCUCCCUGGACAUGUUUGCUGACGAAGUGACAGAGGGAGAACUGGAAACCCCGACCCCUGCGCAUAAAGGAGAAGCAGAGUCAGCGGGAGAUGGUCUAAUGGAUGUGAUGUGGGAAUAUAAGUGGGAGAACACGGGGGAUGCUGAGCUGUAUGGACCAUUCACCAGUGCCCAGAUGCAGACCUGGGUGACUGAAGGCUACUUCCCGGAUGGUGUUUAUUGCCGGAAGCUGGACCCUCCAGGUGGUCAGUUCUACAAUUCCAAGCGCAUUGAUUUUGAUCUCUACACGUGAACCUGCUAAGGGCCCAGUGUGGUAGCCCCUUUUUCUUGGACUUGGCAGAGGAGGCCCCAGCUGCCCUGGGCAGUGAGGAUCUUGGAAGCUACUCUUCAGCCACUUUCCCUUUCCCAAUAAAAGCCUUGAGUGUGCAUCAGGGCCUUGAUGUGCUGGUAGCCAGAAGCCAGGGCUCCUCCGUAGCUCCUGUUGGCUUACCUGGCCCUUGAGUGUCUCCUCCUUCCUUAGAUGCUUCUCUCUGGUGUCUUGGACCACCUCGGUUUGUUUUCCGCCCUUGGUGGCAGUAGUAGGGCCCGUCAGGUGUCCUGUGACUUGCCAUGUCAAAUUCCCUUCAAUCACUCUAUUCUCCUAUCUCCCCUGCAAGUCCUUGUUUUGCUGAUCUUCAGCUUUUAGGACCUCAGAUUCUCUGGCCUAGUAACCCCUUUGCAGCUGGGACAUUUGGAAAAGUUUGAGAUCCUAUUGAGAACACUCAGGAGGCCUCUUAAACAUGGGUUCUCCUCUUCUCCCUAGUCUGAUUUUUCCUUCCCUUGCAGUAGCUCCCAUAGCUCUUAGGUGAAGCAUGAACUUAGUAGCUCUUCAAAGCUACUUGGGCCACCAUGCAUUAUACAGGCACAGAGAUGGGCAGUGACUUCCUGGAGGUCACACAGUAAAUUAGAGAGCUGGCCCAGAACCAGUGAGCUGCUUCCCCUGACCUUUCUUGGCAUAAAGCCUUUUCUUCCUUGGCCAUUCAGGCCCUGCAGCUUAACAUUUCCCAGGCUCCCACAUCUCUGGCAUAGGGAUGGUGCCUUGAGGGAACAUUGCUGGACUGGUCUUCCAGGAGCCCCAAGUGCAGUGGCAGACAGACACGUAAAAGCAGUGCCUCACUCGUACCAGUGCUGCCCUGCGCCCAUGCCACCUGCACAUGACGGGUACCCUGAGAGCCAGGCUAGGAACUUACAUAGGGGCCCUGGCUUGGUUGGGGGUGUUUGAUCAGACACCUUCAACCCAGUUUAUUGCCAGCCGAGACCACAGUUUCUUUGACUUUGAGAAGCCUUUUAGUGGUAAGACAUUUACUUAAUGUUAGUUGUAAGGUGGUAUUGGAUGGACUUGCUUUCAGAAAUACUUAGAAGUGAAAAGUUGGUGUCUAGAGAUGAGUGAAAUCCAGUCAUGUCCGUAGCCUGGGUGAGUGUUCACAAUGUUUGGUGAGACAGACACGGAGGACUUCCCCGAGGUGUUCUUUGGGUUCCUCAGAUUUGACCCAUCUAGAGCUGAUCCCCCCCCACACACACACUUUCUGAGUGUACCUUACUGAGGACAUCCAGGAGGGGGCAGAAUAUCAGUCCCUGAACCCCAGACCCUAUGAAUAUUACUUUAUGCUUUAUGUGGCACAGGAAAGCACGUUGCGCAGAUGUCGUGAAGUUGAGAUUUUUUUUUUUCUUUUUUGAAUUUUUUGAGAUGGGGUCUCACUGUGAUCCCUGACUGGCCUCAAACUUCCAGGAGGUUGGGAUUAAAGGUGUAAGCCACAAAGCUGAGCAAAAUUGAGAAUUUUUGAAACUGGGAGAUUACCUUUGAUUGUUGGGUUGAGACCAUUGUAAUCACUGGGUUAUGCUGGAAAAGGAACUGAGACUCCCAGCACGAGAGCACAGGACUCCAUCUGAAAGAUGGAAGAGAGGAGUGUGUGUCAGGGCUGCAUGUAGCCAGACAAGUGCAGUGCAACAGUGAUAACCCAGUGAAAUCAACUUUGGACUUGUAACCUCUAGACUUAUGAGCUAAUAAAUCUGUGUUAAGCCA